AUGUACACGCCCCGUACGCUUUCGGUCCUUAUUGUUCUGUUAGCAGUAUUCCUUUUCAUGGUGCGUUACUGCCACUACCUAGAUAUGGAUGUUGUCAGCAGUGUAAAAUUGGGCCUUGCGGCUUCUGGAGUAUCUUUUAUAGCUUUUGGCGCCACCCACCUUCCCGAUUCGAUGUUGCUGCGCCCGCAUCCGAGUUUCUGGCGGGCGGUGUUGGCCGUGGGUGUCUUGUAUCUGGCGUUGCUAUCUUUUCUGCUGUUUCAAAGUUUGGACACAAUACGUGCAAUUCUAUUGCUGCACGAUCCUUCACUUAAGUCACUACCGGAGGAGAGGCAAUACGCCGAGGACUGUCGCAUUUUCACUUCAGAUGACCCAUUCCUUUUUGUCCGCACGACUUUUGACAUUUUUAUAGUUGCCCAUACACUGGGGUAUUUCGCGAAGACGAUUAUUGUGAGGGAUUGGCGUGCCUCAACGUGCAUUUCAGUUGUGUUUGAGAUUGUCGAGGUGACGUUCCAGCACGCACUGCCGAACUUUAAGGAGUGCUGGUGGGACCAUUUGCUGUUGGAUGUCCUCAUAUGCAAUGGCGGCGGAACAUUAUUAGGAAUACUCGCUUUGCGCAUAUUUCACGCACGGAGAUAUAAUUGGGUGUUAUCAGAUAAUGUGAAGAGUAAAUGCGGGAAGGCGCGUCGCUUCAUAUCGCAGCUCGUGCCUCAAUCAUUGGUUCCGUACGAGUGGAAUGUGUUUCUUAGUCCAAAACGCUUCGUGCAGUUUCUUCUUUUACUUUCCCUGAUGACCCUUCAAGAGUUGAACACGUUUACCGUGAAACACAUCCUUCAUAUACCCCCCAAACAUCAUCUUGUUGUUUUGCGGCUGGUUAUGUGGCUGUUCUUGGCGAUACCUGCCGUAUGCGAGUACUACUUUUAUAUCAGCGGACUUGACCCAACUAACAAACUUGGUCCAUCAGUGUGGGUGAGUGUGGUGAACCUUUUGUUCGAAGUUGUUUUGGCGGGGAAGCUUGCCGUUGAGGGGAAUUAUUUUCAGGAACCAAUGCCGGGCUACAUCGCAAUACCUUGGAUAAUUUCACUCAUAUCCCUUUGCAUUUGGUUUGCGAUAUUCUUCGGAGUACUGACACUGAAACAACGCAUGGAAAAACGGUGCCUGCUUUACGCAAUCAGUAGCGUGUUCUUCUACUUUGGAUGCGGCUGUGUUUUAGCGAUGUUUGCGAUGGGGAUGCCGGACCUCCAGAUUGGUCGUGAGGCAUUUCAGCGCUAUGUUUACCCAUACGAGCGCUACAUAAUCUUUUGGCGAUAA